AUGAAUGCUGAACUACAACAAGUUCAGAAAGUGUGGGAGCGUAUCCGCACUAACAGCCCAAUUUAUGCUUUUCUACUUCAGGACAUUGACAUCUAUGAUGCUGGGAAAGGUGUAUUCAAUGCGAGACUCCAAGUCGGCCCUCAACAUUUGAAUUCAAAGGGUACCUUACAUGGCGUAUUUUCAGCCUGUGUCACUGACUGGGCGGGUGGGUUAGCGAUUGCAUCGGCCGGUCUCGAUUCAACAGGUGUCAGCACGAAUAUUCAUGUCAACUAUCUCUCAACAGCGAAAACUGGAGACUGGCUAGUAAUUGAAGGUCGCGCCGACAAAGUCGGGCGAAACCUUGCUUUUACAACUGUGACAAUCUCGAAGCAGACUGACUCUAAUGGGGGUACAGUUGUUGCACAAGGAUCUCAUACCAAAUAUAUCAAGACACAAUGA